AGCUAACCCACACCCUACCCGCACCAAACACCAACUCCAACAACCCUCACGCAUGACGUCUGCCGCUCCAUCAUACCUUCCAUCAGCAACAUCCACCUCACCACCGCUGCCCAACCGCACCCUCUACAUAACCUCCUACGACCGCAACACGCCUCCUAGCCCCAAACCCGCGCUCGAAUACGACGUCCGGCUCGCGCGCAACCCCGUCAAGCACCUCCGCGACCUGCACACCGGCCUCUCGCAACGCGUACAAGACGUGCUCAGCACCGACGCGCGCUUUGAGGAGCUGUUCGCAUGCGCUGUCGGCGAGAUUGGCGAGACCAUGCUGCAGAUAGACGGGUAUGAGCGGACGAGAGGAGGGGCGAAAAACGGGAAAAGGGACAGCGUGCAGGAGGGCGUCGCGUUUGCCGAGAAGCUGGGCAUGCAUCCCUGGCCCGAGGGGUGGGAGGUCAAGGUCGAGCACCGCGACUUGUCAGACGAGGUCAGGGGCGAGAAGGCUCGGAACCGCGAGGUGCAGAGGGAGAUGCGUGGUUGUUCUUAGUCCAGAUUGUAUGCGUAACCCAGUGACCGCA